GGGACGAGCCGCAGCAGGGCCCGGCUCCAGCGGAAGGACCUGACACCUACAUAAUUGAAUCCCCACUGCCACUGGAUGACUUACCUGAGGUUGAAACACCAGUAUCUGCAGACCAGCCAUCUGCAAUGGAAUUGCCAGAGUCUACAGACCAGCUGGUUGCUGAGAAACUGCUAGGUUCUGAGGGCCAGUUACCUGCCAUUGAAGUUUCCUCAUCUAGGGAAGACUCACAUGAGAGCAGAUCACGUGAGGGUGAACUGUCAGAUUUCAAAAACAAGAUGUACUUGUCUAGCUCCACACAGACUGGUAGUACAAUAUCUGAGGCUGGGCCAUCAGCAACUGUGGUCAACCCAACAGAGACUACAUGUGAAAUACUUGAGCAGCCAAAGGUGUAUGAAGACCCCUUUGAAGUCUCCAUUAAGUACAUGGAGAAACAUAAUAUUCUACAGAUAUUUCAGGAUAUCACAGAAAACCUGGUGUACCAGAAGCCAGAUGACCCCUUGGAGUUCAUGUUGCUGCAGGUGCAGUCUAUGAUAAAUUCCAGGCAGGAAAAAACGGAGGGAGGACUGGAGGAGAAGGAAGAUACAGACGUGUUUCUGGAAGACAUCCUGUGCACUCCUUCUGGCCUCUCCUGACCAUUCUGUUGUGGUGUUGCAUGGGGCCUGCACAGCACCAUGCUUUUGUAGUCAUUGGCAGUAACUUGGAACAGGUCUGCUUGUAUCACUGCUUCCUGUUUUCUCAGUUCUGUAUGUUUGUGCUUCCCUUUGGGUUUAAAUGCUGUAACCAAGUAUUGGUUUGGAUGUACAAGGUCAAAUCUUCAAGUGUGCAUGGACCUGCAUGCACAUAGGGCACAUCAGGAAGAGGCAGCUCUGCUGAACUUCUAUGCAGUCUCUGCAUACAAAUGCAUAUAUUCCACAUUUAGGCCACCCUUAGACUCUGCUUUUCCGUGCAGAGAAACCCCAUAGCUCAGACAAUGCAAGCACAAAAGCAAGUAGGAUUAAAAAGCAGUCACGGACGACCUGUCCCUCUAUUUUUUUCAUGCUGCAUUGGUGGCUUACUGUCCCCAGGUAUGCAGCAGUGCCAAUGCCCAUCUAAUGCUUCGAGAGGCUGGGUCUGUGGCUUUCCCACUGCCCCCAGAACUCCUCUGAUGCAAGACGCUGUCUCUGCCUCUUCCACACAUUGGGAGCCACUGUCUCACCCUUAAUCAUCACUACUGGGUUCUGAUACCUCUGCUUUUUGAUGUUGCCCUGCUUGUAUCAUUGCAAGCACAGCAUAUAUUUUGGUAAAAGAAGCAGUAAAGCAACAGUUGCACACACCCUCUGUGGCUUCAGAAGAUAUUGUCACUCAGGAAUCUGGGAGGCAAAUAAAACUAAACAAACCAAAAUCAAGCACUGGUAGCCCAGGAAAUUCAGAGUCAAGGUGCACUUAGCAAAGAUAUCAUUUGAACUGCUUUUGAUUCUCAAAAUGCUUAAAAUCUUCAUUUUCAUAUUACCCAAGUGUCUGUUCCUGCUCUGUAAAGAAAGAUUGUCUUUCUUGUCUCUUGCCUGAAGAUUACUGAAAAUGUGCAAGAUAGCAUGCUGCAAUUUUGGCUUCACUUCAUGUGUAUGCGCAGUAGAUGCCAGGAAGUUUUUUGUCACUACAGACUUUUCUCUUUUUGGGCAAGUGCUCUAAUUUCCUGGCAGAUAGUAGUGUAUUCCCAGAAGACUGUCUCUAUGGCUAUGAAGAGAGCACCACAGAAACUUAUCUUCCAUCUAUUUUCAGCUAAAAGUCUGAUGACGAAGUUGAGUGAUACUCCACAGCAGAGCUUUGCUCCCAAAAGUCUGGGUAAAACAGAGGCAAGUGUUUGGCAUACAAAAUCUGUGUCUGAGAAAAGUUGCCUUUCUGUCCAAGACUCUCAGAAAAGAUCAGUUAGCUCAGGCAUUUCCAGGUUAAAGGCAGGUAAGCACCCCUGUGAUUCAUGGGGCAGGAAGGUUUUCAAGGUAUUGUGAGACUAAAGAUGGCUCAAGAUUCAGAUGAGUCUUCAUGGGUUUUAUAAGAGAUUUGAUGUACUCUUUAAGCUUCUAGGUCCCACUGAAGCAUUGAGAUGCUUUUGAAAGCCCUACCUAUCUUCAGCAACUGGAAGAACUGAACACUUCAUGAAACAGAGAGCACAGUUGCUUUUCAGCCUGGUAGAUUUUUGAUCAAGAAUUUGUAAGUAGCCCUGUACAUACAUGCCCCGUGAACGUAAAGGAAGUGCUGAGGCACCUCUGUGAAACAGGCAGUGAAUGGAAGAUGAAGGUACUGGUUGAAGCCUUUUCAUCUCUAUGGUCACUUUUCAUCAUGUUUUCCCAGGAGAUGGAGAUGUUGGCAUGUCUUUGAAUUUUGUUGUAGAACACAAGGUGCUUUUGGGUAGAGCUUUAGCUGUGAAUUUCCAAGGUUUCUACCAUUCUAUAUAGUAUUUUGUUGUUCUCUUUUACUUAUGAAAAAAUUUUGAGUUGUACUAUGUUCUCAGACUAUCGGUGUAUGCCCUCAACUUCAUCUCAGCAUUAAGGGAGCAAUGCAAGGAAAUCUUUACUAUCUCUUUCAGGUAAGUUGAAGUGAGCUGGAAAGUGGUCUUUUUACAGAUGACAAACGUUUUGCAAGUGAGGCCUUACCCAGUGUUCCUCAGCAAUCAGGGCCAAAAUUUUCCUUCAGUAGCCUGGCCUCAUUGUCUCAUGAUACCAAAACUUCUCUAUGGUAGCAAGAAGAUGUCCUCAGUGCAUGUAAGAGAGAGCAGCUGUCUUUUCUGUUUCUCAGGAUCAAGGUCCCCCCUCCUCUGAGGAGCAGCAGUUGUAUAGAAAUUAAUGUGGCUGCACCCGGGACAGCAGACUAGGCCUGUGAUUGGCUAGUGUAGAUGGGAAGAGGCAGUGGAAGGCAGUAGGCUGAGGACAGCCCUUCAACUUUCACAGACUUAGGGAGGGAAUUGAUCAGCUCUGAGCAAGGGCUUUGACUAGAAA